GCAGUCAAACAACCACCCGCGACUUGCCCGAGCAUCAUAAUACCACACGGCACCCAGUAAAUAGUCAUUCAAACAACUUUCGCCGUUAUUUUCAGGCUCCCAAUCAGCAAUCCAAGAUGGCCCGCACCAAGCAGACUGCCCGCAAGUCCACCGGUGGCAAGGCGCCCCGUAAGCAGCUGGCCACCAAGGCCGCUCGUAAGACCCCCGCCACCGGCGGUGUGAAGAAGCCUCACCGCUACCGCCCCGGUACCGUGGCGCUGCGCGAGAUUCGCAAAUACCAGAAGUCGACUGAGCUGCUGAUCCGCAAGCUGCCGUUCCAGCGCCUGGUCCGCGAGAUUGCCCAGGACUUCAAGACCGACCUGCGCUUCCAGAGCCAGGCCGUGCUGGCGCUGCAGGAGGCUGCCGAGGCUUACCUGGUGGGCCUGUUCGAGGACACCAACCUGUGCGCCAUCCACGCCAAGCGUGUGACCAUCAUGCCCAAGGACAUCCAGCUGGCCCGCCGCAUCCGUGGCGAGCGCGCUUAAGCCCCGCGCAGGUUGCUGUUGCCUAGGCGCCCAGGCGUGUGCCCUCUCGGGUGCACGUCUACAAUCAAACUCGGUGUUUCUCAACACCACCCUCUUGAGUCGGCUAUUGUUCCUUGGCGCACAGGCGCAGUGGGGCUGGCAUGCGCGCGUCCUACGUCAGGGGUUCGUGCCGCAGUGUGUGGCCGGCUCACAGGAUAGAUGAAGACUCAUAGGAGCUUGGGUCUCUUAGUAGAACACA